AUGGAGACCUCAGCUGCUGUUACCACAUCUACCGCCUCACCCGCCGCCACGCUUCCUCUCGUCGCAGACCAUGGCUUCGUAAGCUGGCUUGAGAUUGAUGGUGCGAGGUACCUCAGCAACGUCCCCAAGGGCCCCAGCCCCAUCCCCCCCAUCUCUGACAUCAGCCCCCCGGCCGAGAUCGUUGCCCCCGCGAACUCCGGGAGCACCGCCGCGUCCCAGUGGUCGGGCGGUGCGGGCCAGAAGCGGCCAUACAACACGGGUCCUUUGAUGACCUACAUGGCGUCGUGCGGGGACAUCGGGAAGAAGAGCGACGGAAAGACUUGGUUGCACGCGGAUAUUAUGAACGGCGAGUCCUUCAUCAUCACGCUCCCCAACAACCUCACCCCCGGCGAGUACCUCAUCCGCCACGAGGUCAUCGCUCUCCACCUCGCAGUGAUCGAGUUCUACUCGUCAUACACUCAGGCCCGCAUUGGCGGCUCAGGGAACGGCACUCCGAACGGCACUGUCACCUUCCUCGGCGCGUACAGCGACACGGAUCCAGGCAUCUUCGACCAGAUCGUCCUCGACGACGACGAUAAGUACGACUUCCCCGGCGGCGCCCUUUCGAACCUUGCCGGGACAUCGACUCUUCUGCGCACGACUCAGAUGGGCUGUCAAGACGGAAACUGGACCAUGAACGGUAGUGGAUCGACGGCACUCGCGGAGCGCGGGUCGUACUCGGCGACGGCUCUGAACGGUGAGUAUUCCCUCAUUGCCCUCUUCGCUUCCCAUCUGUACGAGGUGCGGACGUUCAUUGGGCUGUUUCUUGGGGCUGCCUUAUUUUGGGAAGAGGCCAGCACGCCACCAAUAAUGUCUCUUCCCCGUCUUUACCAUGCAUCCGCCGCGCUGUCGCUGCAGUUCCGUUCGCUCGAAGGUAUGGACAGCGACUGGAACGCACACGAGUACAUGGAGUCGUUGCUUGCUGCGAUGAAGUUUACGCAGCUCGCCCACCUGCCCGCCCACCCUCGCCCGCAGAUGUGCGUCCAGCAUGCAUUAAGUCGGUGGCUGCCCUGCCACGAAGGCCUACCGCGCUCACUUCCGGUGCGGCCCUGCGAGCCUGUUCCUCAACGCUUCGUGGCGGAAGGUCAGGGAGUCCCGGAGGACGACGUGGACGCCGUGCCUGAGCUCGUCAAGGGUCAGCAUUUGACACGGCGACGACGCCGGCGUCAGAUCUCUGGAAGUCUGCGCAUUUCUCGUCCGCGACAGCAGGUCUGCUAA